ACAGUUUGCCUCUUCUUUUUUAUUUUUGGCAAACAUGGCAGUGUCUGUGAGGAUAAACUCUUGAGUCAAAAGUUUAAAAGACUUGCACAGGAUGAUGUGCUACAAGGCUUCCUGACAAGGAGCGAGACCAGAAGGGAGCAGCGAGAAGAUUCUCAAACGGAAGAGAGCGGAAGGUGACAGCGAGAAUGGGGUAAAGGAGAAGAGAAAGAAGCGGCGCCAGUGGCUCGGGUGCUUGUUAUUGAUUCCUGAGAUGAAUUCGGCUGUGAUGCAAACGCUUGGAUUUGGUCCUCUGUGCUAUUGCGUUUUCACAUCAACCAGAUCUUCAAAUCCUGAUUGUAGUUGUGAAGCCUUUGUUUUGUUGAGGAAUUGCAGUGAUUCAGUUUCAAAGUAGUGAUUGACUCCACCCAUGGAGGAGAAUGUGAGCCCUGAGCUCUCUCUAGCUCAUGAGCCAGAACAGAGCCAAGACCAUAUGGAUAGCUGCUCUCAAGGUGAUGGGGAAGAGCGACUCAGCGAGCCAACGCAAACCAUCCCGACAGAAAGUGACGAAGUGGCAGAGGAGCCAAUAGAGAAAGCGGACAAAUCUUCCAAAGCCAACAACGAAUUGAAGAAAACGUGGACAUUCCGUCGCUCCACUGUUGCUCAAAGAGAGAUGCCAGUGGAAGCAGCACCCGACAACCACGAGAGCCGCUAUCCUGUUCGCCGAAGCGGCAGACAGUCCAAACGUACCGACAAACUGGAGGAAUUUCUCUCCACCACGAAAAGAGUGCUACGAAAGAGCGCGCCGCCGUCCCUGGAAGGCGGGGAUCCUCCUUCGCAAACCCCAACUGAUGCAGAAACCGCCUCUGAGGCCAGCUUUGACGGGAACGCAGACACAAAGACGGCGGAAGACAAGCCCGAGCCGUCCGACAGGAGAACCCGAAGUAGGACGAGGGAGCAGACUCGACAGACGACUCAGCGCGGCAGGUGGACACGCCAAUCCCAAAGCGCCACGGUCAAAGGUGAAGAAAGCUCAGAGAAUGAAGACAGCGAAGAUGGCGCCGAGUCGCAGGACAAAGAUGCGGAGCAAUCUGGAAAAGGGGCCAAAGUAGAAGACACAAAUGCUAAUAAGGAACACCAGCCUGGGUUGGAUAUGCAGACAAAGGAAGAGCAAAAGAAGAAAAAUGUUAAAGGGGAAGAUCAAGAGGAGAAUGACGACGACGACGAGGAGGAGACCACAGAAAAAGGCGGCUUGUUGGUAAAGCGCGGCCCAAUUCGAACAUACGUGAAUAAAAAGCGGGCGGCAAGUUCAAAUAGUACGUCUGCCAAGGGACAGACUCCCAUGCAAGCUGUCGGCAAGACAGGCAAGCCUCGGGAACAGGAGGACAGCGAUGACGGUUCCUCUUCCUCAUCUUCAAGCACUGAUUCUGACGAAGGAUACGACCCCAAUGCACUGUAUUGCAUCUGUCGCCAGAAACACAACAAAAGGUUCAUGAUCUGCUGUGACCGCUGCGAGGAGUGGUUCCAUGGAGACUGUGUGGGCAUAACCGAGGCUCGGGGCCGUCUGAUGGAGAGAAAUGGCGAGGAUUACGUUUGCCCCAACUGCACGGCUAAAAAAAGCCAAGUGAUCAGGCCUGCCACCUCCACGCUGUCCCUGAGCAUAGACCUCAAGACCAAAGCUUGUGCUUUACCUCUACCUCCUGCUGGUGGCGCUUUUGGUGACGUGGGCUCCAUGACCAGAUCGGGGGCACAGGCACAACUGCCGUCAACAUCUGCCGGCAGUGACGAGAAAGGAGCGGAGGACAUCGGGAUCAAAGGCAGGAUCGAGAAAGCCACAAAUCCAACAGGGAAAAAGAAGAUAAAAAUCUUUCAGCCGACGGUACAGCAGGCAACGCCACCAAACACAGGCCAGAAGGGGGCGCCUGUGUCGGAAAAGCCAGCGUGCCCCACAGCAGAGCCAAAAGCACCAACAGAGAUGGAGCAGGAGAAAGUGGCUUCAAACGUGGAGGUGAAAACAACCGAGACGGAAGAGGCCGGAAAGUCAGCGGCAGCGGAGGACGUGUCACUUCCCAAAUGCAUCGGUCCCGGCUGCGAGAGCAACGCCCAGCCGGACUCUGUGUACUGUGGAAAUGACUGCAUCCUGAGACACGCUGCCGCGACUGUGAAGUCAUUCGGUGAAGUCAAAGAGCCUCCGAGCCAAGAUCAGGAAUCCAGCUCUGCGUCAAAGAGGGAAGCCACCAGACAGACGAGGGCCCAGAAGGACAGCGGCGAGGACUCUGGGAGCGACGGAGGAGAUGACGACGACGCUCCGGAUGAGGAUGAUGAAGACGCGCAUGCUGUGGAGCAGCCGCCGCCUCCCGCCACUGCGUCAUGGUGCAGCGACCAUAAUUACAUUGCAGUACCACCAGAAAAGACUACACCCAUAUCAACAACAGUUUUAAACACAAAGUCCCCUCCCAAAGAAGAGAAACAGUCAAAGAAACAGGUCCCGGCUCACGUUAAACCCUCUUCUGAUUCCAAGACCUCCUCCAAAGCGAAGAAGACCAUGACCACUCGGGCAUCCAAGGUGUCUCCAAAGGGCAAGAGGUCGUCCUCUCAGUCCAGCAGCUCUAAAGCAACCAAGAGGUCCGCGACUCCGCCCAGUAAAGCCGCGACAAAGUCCAAGAAAUCGCGAACGACAAGCACACCGCCUCAGUCACCGUACCCUCCUGGGCCGAUCCACGUCACGGGAGCGCUAAGAGUCACCAAGACCAACUUUACCAUUCCAAAGAAGCAGCCUCAACAAAAAGACUCUCCAUCCCAUCAUCAAUCAUCGUCGUCGUCAAGAGUCCCAUCAUCUCCGGCGUCUUCAGCUUCCUCCAGCCAUUCGUCAUCCCAAAGGUCUCAUCAUGCCACCUCAUCCUCGGCAUCCUCGAUCCCACCGCCCGCCAACCACCAGAUGAGACAGAACAUCCGUCGCUCCCUGACCGACAUCCUUUACAAGAGGGUGAGCGACAGCGAUGAUCUGACAAUGACGGAGAGCGAGGUGGCGAGGCUUGCCGUUGCCAUCGAGAAGGAGAUGUUUAACAUCUGCCUCAGCACAGAUAGCAAGUACAAAAACAAGUACCGCUCGCUCAUGUUCAACCUCAAGGACCCAAAAAACAAAGGCUUGUUCUACAAGGUAAUUAGAGGUGAUCUUAGCCCUUUCCGACUGGUGAGGCUGAGCGCAGAAGAUAUGGUUUCCAAGGAGAUAUCGGAGUGGAAGAAGCCUGACCCCUCCCAGAGCCAGUCCUCAAGUGGAAGGGCCCAUUCAGGUCAUUCCAAAACAAGCAGUAGGCACGACUCUCACAAAGUGGAUGCGGAGGAUGCCCCGCCCCCUUCCGAUGCAGAUGUAUGUAUUCCUGCCACAGCUUCGUCCUCUCGCAUGGCUUCUGCUGUCGACCAAGAUGAGCCCAGCGUCACUGCUUCAGCUGCACCUCAGUCUUCUGCGACUGAGGGCGGCGGUAGUAUGCCAGAUAUUUUCAGUGCCAUGCUCAAAGACACAACGUUGGAACACAGGACUCAUUUGUUUGACCUCAACUGUAAAAUAUGCACAGGUCAAAAGACAGAAGAUGAGAUUGCAUCCAAAAAAUCCAAACCCACCAGGAAGUCCGACCAACCCAGACAAGAGAUGCAUUCAGCCAGUGCCGUCGGCCAACCGCAAGCGGCCACGGUCUACCAACAGCUCAUCCCACCGCCAUACCAGCCCGGCAUAGAACCGGCCGUCGUCGUCGAACCACAGCCACAACUUUACCAAGAGGACCCUAACAAUAUGGCUAUGCAGGCCAUCGCCCCCGCUGUUUCCUCUGUCAGCAUCUCACGAAGAGACCCGCGCAUGGCCAGGCAUGGCUCCGGCGUUACGGUCACUUACACUCCUUCAGAAAAACCCACAAACACCAUGGCAGAGCCACUCGCCGCUCCUGUCAUUGCUCCUUUGGAUGUUGCCACCAAAGCACCCCUUCCGAUGCCCCCUGCUCCUCCAUCCUUGUUGGCUUUGUCAAAACCAUCCAGAACAAGUAGUUCUGAGCCUCCUCCUGAGGGGGAGACUGCAAUCUUCCUCCAUGGUCAAGAGAGGAUUUGGAAAGGCUUCAUCAACAUGCAGUCUGUGGCCAAGUUUGUAACCAAAGCUUACUUGGUUUCAGGCUCUUUUGAGUACCUAAAAGAGGAUUUGCCAGACACCAUUCAUGUUGGAGGACGCAUCUCUCCAAACACAGUGUGGGACUAUGUUGGGAAGUUGAAAACAUCGUUGUCCAAGGAGCUGUGUUUGAUCCGAUUCCAGCCAGCCACAGAGGAAGAGGAAGUAGCUUACGUGUCUCUCUUCUGUUACUUCAGCAGCAGGAAAAGAUUUGGUGUGGUAGCUAACAGUAACCGGAGGAUCAAAGACCUCUAUCUGAUUCCUUUGGCCUCAAAGGACCCACUACCCUCCAAACUUUUGCCAUUUGAUGGACCAGGACUGGAGCCAGCCCGGCCCAACCUUCUACUGGGCCUCUUGAUCUGCCAGAAGGAUAGAAAGCGUCCCGGUGUUCCAUUGGAAAGUGAUGAGAAACGAUCUAAGAUGCAAAUCAAAGAUAUUGAUGAGACUGGUCUUCCAAAGCCACCUCUCUCAGUCAAAGUGGAUCGAAGCACACGCCAAAGUUUGGACAUUCCUUUCAGUACUACUCCCCCAGGGUCUCCUCCUGUCAGCUCCUCCGCGACCCCAAAUGUCGCUGUGGCCACCCCAUCUGUCUUUUCUCUUUUGUCAACCGUUAAAGCACCCGCCACGUCCUCUGUCACGGGUGUGGAGUCUCCAUCCUCAUCCAGCUCUAUCCCUGCCCCUGCAGCAACCGCCACUCCUCUCCAGACGAUCCUCAACACUCUGUUUGGCAAGAAAAAGCCAGACUCUGAAGCUUCCAACUCGCCAUCUGAUCAGGGUGCAGAAUCUUCCAUUCCGCACUCUACAAUGAUCGAUCCAAUUGUGCAACAGUUUGCACAGACAAAAGACAAACAGGUUGAGGAGGAUGAAGAUGACCGACCAUAUGACCCUGAGGAAGAGUAUAACCCAAGUAUGGGUUACAGUGUGCCUAUUAAACCGAUUGAGGUAGUAAAUAAACCUGACGUUUUACAGAGCGAAGGUGACGACAUUGCAUAUGACCCCGAAGAUGACUCAAUAUUUGAUGAAGUCCAAACUACUGUAGCAGAUGAAACUGGAAAGUCUUCAUGUGAUGACGUAACAGACCCGGAAAAGAUCCUGGCAAGCCUUAAACAGAAAGGAAAGCUGACACUCCCAAAACAGGAAGACAAACAUGUGCCGUCCACUGACUUGCCCGGGCCUUCACAAACACCCCCAGCCAUUUUGGGCGGUAGUCAGUUAAUGCAGCUUGGUAAAAAAGUGGAAGAGCUUGUGAAAUCGGCCACACCCACGAUCAACCAGAGCAGAGAUCCUCGCCAGAGCCGGGAAUCUCGCCAGGGGGCGGGCAUCACAACAAAAACAACAGAUGAGCUGCUUGAUAAAGAGGAGUUGUCUUCCAAUGACUCUUCGACACCUCAGCAGUCAGUUCAAGAGCCACAGGUGGCUUCUGUUGCUCAGCUUCCCGACUCCUCACAAGACCCGGAGAAGCCAUUACCAAUGGAGGAAGAGAAAUCUGAGACAUUGCCCUUUAUGGAGACUUCAAAAGAAGAGGUGUCCAUUCCUUUAUUAGGAGAGACUUUGGAACCUGAUCUGGAGUAUGACUAUCUUCAAGACAAUGAAGAGAAAAUGAAAGCCGAGCAAGAUGAGAGCGUCCAGGCUGAAACCGAGGCAGACAAGUAUAGCAUUUGGCCAAAUGCUGCAAGUAUUUUAAAAGGUAAAGAGGAUUCAGAAUACGAUGACAAUAGCCAAGAAGCGGCAAUUUGUAGCUCCUACAAUGAGCCACCAAACUCCUCGACAAUUACUUCGGCAAUUCCAGUCCUCGGGGACACUCAUUCUCAUUAUCCGCGACAUCACAGGGCAACAUCAGACUUUGACGAUGAUUAUAGAUCACAAAGUGACAUCCCCCGACCAUCUAGUUAUCUCCAAUCUCAACCAAUGCACGGACAGAAUCCAAUGAUGAGGCCUCCAUCAAUGUCAGUACCACCACCCAUACAAGGCAUCUCUUCAAUGUCUGCGCCACAGUCUGUGCAAGGACCCCCACCAGCUAUCCACGGUCCUCCUCCAGUACUUGGUCCUCCAGUACUUGGUCCUCCAGUACUUGGUCCUCCAAUCCAAGCUGACAGCAGCCAUCCAUACGGCCUCCCUCCGAGUUUCCCCCCCUAUCAAAACCAAUGGACACGCCCCCAACUACCACCUCCACAGCAGCCGCUCUCCAGACCACCUCCUCAGAACCUUUUACCACCUAGAGUAACACCACCACUUUACCCACCAAUUGGCCAGAGAGGUCCUCCACCUCAAAUGUUUGAUCCUCUUCUCCCCCCUCAGCAUAGUGCACAACAAUGCCCUCCUCCAGGCUUUCCCCUCCCACCUACGUUUGAUGGACAGAAUCAGCUACCUCCUCCACGAUUUGCUGGUCCACCUCCACCAUUUAAUUUUCCUGGAAACAGAGGUCCUCCUCCACCUUUCACAGCACCACCACCGGGACAUUUUGAUAACAGGCUUCCUCCCCCUUCCAUCUUCUCAGGGCCAAGGGGUCCCCUACCAUCUCAAUAUGGUGAUCCAAGUCCAAUUCAAAUGCAACCCCCAAUGGGAGACCAAAGCCGUGGCCCCAGGGACCACUAUAGUAAAGAUAGUCACUCAUUCACACAUGCGGACCAACAUCUCAGUCAUCCUCCCAAUAUUUUCAAAGACAGCCCGGCGACCGCUUACCGGGGUCUUCCACCUAGUCAGUAUGAUGACUCAAGAGGCCCGCAUUCUAUUGUGGAGAUCAAUCCACAAAAUAAGUUUGGAGUUCCCAGGCCACACUCGCCACCACAUCGAGGAGGUCUGGAUGAGCAUAUAGCUCUUCGUCAGGAGAAUAGGAACAAGUUUGGAGGUCCCAGGCCACACUCGCCACCACAUCGAGGAGGUCUGGAUGAGCACAUAGCUCUUCGUCAGGAGAAUAGGAACAAGUUUGGGGUUCACAGGUUACACUCACCACCACAUCGAGGAGCUUUGGAUGAGCACACACCUCUUUCUCCUCUUCAGGAGAAUAGAAACAAGUUUGGGGUCGCCAGGCUACAUUCGCCACCACAUCGAGGAGCUUUGAAUGAGCACAUGGCUCUUCCUCCACUUCAGGAAAAUCGAGCAAUGAGAGAUCAGACUCAGCCUUUUGGUGGCUCUGAACGCUACCGCUUUGAUCGGUUUUCAGAUGAGGCAAGAAGGUUUUCUGAUGAGGCAAGACCUGUUCGCCACAGUGGCCCUCUGCUACCGACCCCCACCGAGGCUCCUAUUGCUCCUCCGAGUCACAUAGGCGGUCACAGUCCAGAUAUUCGGCGAGAGGACUUCUGGCGCCGACAUUCCCCUGAUGUCAUGAGGAGAACCAACACCAACCGAGAGGGCUCAGAACCGCAAAGCACGGAACCCUUCGGUCACUUUGAAGUCGGGCUCCGAGAACAAGUUUCUGCUCCCGCUCAGUCAUUAGAAGAAAGACUUAAGGAGCUCUCUGGUGACUGCAGAAGAGACAGAGACCGCGACAACCCUUCCUCCGCGAGGUCCUUGUGGGAGAGGAAUCAGGGCAAGCGGUGGAGCCGAGAACGAGAAUGGGAGAGAAGCAGAGAGCGCAACACCGAUCGUGAAUCCAGCAGAGAACGGGAUCACAGCAAAGGAAAAGAGAGCGAGAAAAAUAAAGAGGCAGAGGUGGAGCGACACAAGGAUGAAGACACAGACAAGAGGAGAGACCGUGACAGAGAAAGAGAAAAGGACAGAGUCAAGGACAGGGACUCAGACAGAAGGGAUUAUGAUCGCGAAAGAGGACGAAAUCGCGAUAAAGAGCGAGACCGUGAGCGAGACAGGAGACGCGACAGGUCCCGAAGUAGAGACCGGGAUCGAGGGAAAGACCGAGGUAGAGACAGAGACAAAGAAAAGGACAGUGACAGAGACAAAGACAGGGAGAGGGACAGAGAAAAAGAUCGUGACAAAGAUAAAGACAGAGAUCGUGACAGAGGCAGAGACAAAGAUAGAGAUGGAGAGAAAGAGCGAGACAAAGAUCCAGAUAGAGAAAGAGAGAAAGACCGAGACGUAGACAAAGACCGGGACCGGGAAAGAGAGAAGGAUAGGAGUCGAGAAAAAGACAGAUCCCGUGACAGAGACCGGGAGAAAGACAGAGACCGGGAGAAAGACAGAGAUCGGGAAAAAGACAGAGAUCGGGAGAAAGACAGAGACCGGGAGAAGGACCGAGACCGGGAGAAGGACCGAGACCGGGAGAAAGACAGAGACCGGGAGAAAGACCGAGACCGGGAGAAAGACCGAGACCGGGAGAAAGACCGAGACCGGGAGAAAGACCGAGACCGCGAGAAAGACCGAGACCGCGAGAAAGACCGAGACCGGGAGAAAGACCGAGACCGGGAGAAAGAUCGAGACCGGGAGAAAGAUCGAGACCGGGAGAAAGAUCGAGACCGGGAGAAAGAUCGAGACCGGGAGAAAGACAGAGACCGGGAAAAAGACAGAGAUAAAGACCGUGAAAGAGACCGUGGCAGGGACCGCCGAGAAACAAGUAGAACCCGGGAAAGGAGAGAAGAUAAAAAUAGCAAACAUGAAAAAUCCAAGGAGAAAGAAAAGACUUCGGUAAAUGAUAAAAACUCUUCCUAGUGUAUUGCAACUCCACGAAUUAAGAGACAAUUUCUAACCACUGAGAAUCCUUGUUGUGAAUGACAAUGGCAGUGUUUCAUUUCUAUAGAUUCCAGCGUUUGUAUUUUCUGUCCUGAUUUGUUAGAAAUUUACGAAACAUAACCGAAGAACAUUUUAAGUUACUUGUUUUCGGCGUGUGGAAAGUCACUACUCAGUCAACCCCAGUUUAAGUAAGAAUUGUGUCAAAUCACAACAAAUGUAAAUAUGAUUGUAUUUGUGUACAUAAUGAUGUUUUUAAUACUUUUCUAAGUAGGCAAAAUAAAAGCCAUAUACUCUGGAUGGAUCAGCGGAAAGAAAACUGCUUAGAACCGUGGCUACUAAACAGAAUGAGAAAUGGUUCCAUUUAUCUACAGUACAGUACCAGUACCUAAUAAGUCAUUUGUUUCAACUCAAUUAAACAUUUUUGAUCACAUGGA